GUGCAGCGGCGCCUGGGGAGGCACGUGGAGCUGCAGCCCGAGAGCGCAGGGACCCGGAACGCGGCGCCGCUGCCCCGGCCGGGCCGGCCCCGCGAGCGCAGCGCCCGCCCCCGUCGCCCGCCCGCCGGGCGCGGCUGGAUGUGGCGGGGGUCCCGAGGCGCCGGCCCCCGGCCCCCAGCGCCCGGAGCGCCCAGGGGUGGCGUGCGGGGCCCGGGGGCGCCGCGCCUUCCAUGCGCCGAGGCGGGCCCCGAGGCAGCCGGGGGCCCGCGCCGAAGCCGCCGCCCGCGCUGAGCCUCGGCCCGCGCCCGGCGGCAGCAUGAGCCAAGCCGAGCUGUCCACCUGCUCGGCGCCGCAGACGCAGCGCAUCUUCCAGGAGGCCGUGCGCAAGGGCAACACGCAGGAGCUGCAGUCGCUGCUGCAAAACAUGACCAACUGCGAGUUCAACGUGAACUCGUUCGGGCCGGAGGGCCAGACUGCGUUGCACCAGUCGGUCAUCGACGGCAACCUGGAGCUAGUGAAACUGCUGGUCAAGUUCGGCGCGGACAUCCGCCUGGCAAACCGAGACGGCUGGAGCGCGCUGCACAUCGCCGCGUUCGGCGGCCACCAGGACAUCGUGCUCUAUCUCAUCACCAAGGCCAAGUACGCCGGAGGAGGCCGGUGAUGCCGGUCCAGACCCCGGCCCGCACGCGGGCCCCGCGCGCGUCCUCCUUGCUGUACCUUCCCGCCAACUACCUCGGUGUGCGCCCGGCCCUCGGCGCCCGCGGCCACCACGAGUCCGGCGCGCACGUCCGUGCCCACGGGGGCCGCGCCCGCCCGCUGCCGGGGACCGGGGCCGCCUCCCCCCGCGGCCACCGGGGACCGGCCGGGGCGCUUCCCACGGCCCCGCCCGCCGCCGCGCGGGUGGGGGAGGAGCGCGGGCCCUAGCCCCUUUGAAAUUUGAGUCUCGCCACCAGCAAGUUCGGAAUCCCGAGACACCGGAUCCUCCUGCUCGAAAAGUUUUCUCCUGAAGGUGGAAGGACCCGUGGCCGACGCGCGACGGAGGAGACGCUCUGCUGUUCCCGGGGCUCUAAACUAUUUAUCACGUGUGUGCAUAUUUGUGGGUGAUGUUUGUGCGCCUGAAUUUUGUGUUUGGAAAAUAUUGUGCGUGGUCAAUGUGGUUAAGGGGGGGUGGGUGGGCGGGGUGAUGUACUUUUUUUUUUUUAG